AUGAUGCAACAAUUAACGAAAAACGAGUUAAUCGGAAUUUUUACAUCUAUUGCCAUUCUCAUAUCCAUUGCAUGGCUCCUCACCAAACGACGUCGUGCAAGACUGCCUCCGGGCCCAUAUCCAUGGCCGGUAAUCGGCGACAUGUUUCAGCUCGCCGGUUCACCGCCACACGACUCGUUGACUAAACUUUCGCGCCUUCACGGGCCAAUUUUGACUUUGCGGCUCGGCUCGAUGCUUACGGUUGUGAUAUCUUCGAGCAACGUGGCUCGAGAGAUUUUCAAGAAGCACGACACGGCUUUGGCCGGUCGGAAGAUUUACGAGGCGAUGAAAGGAGGUAAGAGCAGCGACGGGUCGCUCAUCACGGCUCAGUACGGUGCGCAUUGGAGGAUGUUGCGGCGGCUCUGCAACACUCAGUUCUUUGUCCCGCGUCGUCUUGAUGCUACGAGUGAUGUACGCUCUAGGUGUGUUGAUCAGAUGCUUCGGUUCGUCGCGGAAGGUGGCCAAAACGGUACAAAAACUAUUGAUGUGGGGAGAUACUUCUUCUUGAUGGCAUUUAAUCUCAUCGGAAACCUCAUUUUCUCGCGAGAUUUGCUCGAUCCCGAUUCUAAAAGAGGUUCCGAAUUCUUUUACCACACCGGAAAAGUUAUGGAAUUCGCCGGAAAACCAAACGUUGCCGAUUUCUUCCCUUUCUUGAGGUUUCUUGACCCACAAGGCAUUAGAAGACAAACGCAAUUCCACGUGGAACGCGCGUUUGAGAUCGCCGGAGAAUUUAUCAAAGAACGAACUGAGGUUAGGGAGAGAAAAAAGAGCGACGAGAAGACGAAAGAUUACUUAGAUGUUCUUUUGGAGUUUCGUGGUAGCGAUGGAGUCGACGAAGAACCUUCAAGAUUCUCACCGAGAGAUAUCAACGUUAUUGUUUUCGAAAUGUUUUCGGCAGGUACGGACACGACAACGAGCACAUUGGAGUGGGCACUAGCGGAGCUUCUACACAACCCAAGAACCCUAACCAAACUUCAAACCGAACUCCGAACAUACAUAAAAUCCGCGAACCAAAAGCUCCAAGAAGAAGACCUUCCGAACCUACCGUAUCUCUCGGCGGUUAUCAAUGAAACCCUAAGGCUGCACCCACCACUGCCUUUCCUAGUCCCACACAAGGCCAUGUCCACAUGUCACGUAUUAGACAAAUACACUAUCCCCAAAGAAACACAAAUUUUGGUGAACGUUUGGGCCAUCGGGCGCGACCCUAAAACAUGGGUCGACCCGAUUGUGUUCAAACCCGAAAGAUUUAUAUCCAAGCCGAAUCCGAGAGAUUUCAAGGGACAACAUUUUGAGUUCUUGCCGUUCGGGUCGGGUCGACGGAUGUGUCCGGCUUUGCCAUUGGCGACAAGGGUUUUGCCGUUGGCUCUUGGGUCGAUGGUGAGGUCGUUUGAUUGGGUAUUGGCUAAUGGGUUUAAGGCAGAAGAAAUGGAUAUGGGAGAAAGAAUUGGUAUUACAUUGAGAAAAGAUAUUCCUUUGGAAGCGAUUCCCAUUCCGUAUCGAGGGGAUUAG